AUGAAGCGAAAAAUCACUGCUCCUUCUGCUGUGGCCUCCACAACAUCAUCAUCACAACAAGUGGAAGGCAAGGAUGCAAGUUUGGAAGCUCUCAAUAAGAAAAUGAAGUAUAGCCUAAUGAAUGAAAAUAAGCCCAUACUUGUGAAAGAAGAAAAUUCAGAAGUAUUGUUGACAUCAUCCGAAGCAUCAGCGGAGGAGUCACAAAUAUCUAUUGACUCCAUUGGCUCUAUUGAAUCACUGGGAUCCAUUAUACUUGAAGAGGAGGAUUUUAUAUCAGUAAAAGAGGAUCAACCUUUUUUAUCUUCGGAGCUCAAUCAGGGAGAUGAAGAAAUUGAUCAUAUUAACACUAAACCAGUGAUUCAAACAAAGAUAAAUUUAAUAGAAAAAGCCAUAGAUUUUUAUGGACUGCCCCGAAUAUGUGGUGAAUUAUUUCGGGAAAUCAAAGGUGUAAAUAAGUUAUAUGAUUGGCAAGAAAAAUUAUUAGGACUCGAAGAAUUGAAAUCUGGUAGAAAUGUUGUGUAUUCCUUGCCAACGAGCGGAGGUAAAACCCUGAUUGCAGAAAUUUUGAUGAUUAGGAAUUGCCAAAUUUUGAAAAAGAAAUCUUUACUGGUUCUUCCCUAUGUUUCAAUUUGCGAGGAAAAAUGUGCAAGUUUGGAAUUGUUUAGUGACCACUUAAAUUUCUUUGUUGAGGGUUAUUUUGGGUCAAAAGGUGCCCUUCCUGUGGAACCUGGUAAUCAAUUAAUUAUAUCUACUAUUGAAAAAGCAAACCUUAUCAUUGAUUCUCUUGUUAAAGAGAACAGAAUUCAUGAGCUUGGAUGUGUAGUUAUUGAUGAGCUACACAUGCUAGGAGAGGGUGAUAGAGGUCAAUUACUAGAAAAUUUACUAACAAAAAUUCUGUACAUACAAAGAGAGAAGAAGAAUGUAGAAAUUAUCAUUGACGACACCCCAAUUUUUGAGCAGAAUUCCGAGAAAUCAUCAACUACGAUUGAAAAAGUUUCUAUUCAAAUAAUUGGAAUGUCUGCUACAAUACCUAAUUUAGAAAGUAUUGCUCAGUGGAUGGACGCUACUCUGUACACAUCCGAUUACAGACCAGUUCCUCUUGUAGAAUAUUAUACAAUUGGUGAAGCUGUUUUCGACAAGCAAGGCAAUAAUAUAAGAAAUUUGAAUCCAAUACCCUUUGAAGUGGGAAAAGGAAAAGCAGAUCCUGAUUUUAUAACAUCAUUAUGUUGUGAAGUUAUACCUGCGAAUAGUGUUCUAGUGUUUUGUCCCACUAAGCAAUCCUGUGAGGAUUGUGUAAAACAUUUAUCACAAACACUACCCAUUUCCAAAGAUUAUGAAGAAGAAAAAGAAAAAUUAAUUUCUGACCUCAAACUCCUUGGAAAUGAAGAUAGUAAUCUUUUGAAUGGAAUCAAGUAUGGAGUUGCUUACCACCAUAGCUCCUUAGCCACAGAAGAACGAGCUUUAAUUGAGAAUGCGUACCGAAACCAUGUCAUUUGCGUCAUUUGUUGCACGAGUACUCUCGCAGCUGGUAUUAAUUUACCAGCUGCAAGAGUCAUUUUCAACACACCAUACAUUGGCUACAAACAAUUUUUAACCAAAGCAAAAUAUCUGCAGAUGGCAGGUAGGGCUGGUCGUGCUGGCAUUGACACAUUUGGAGAAAGUUUUCUUGUGCUUCAAAAACAGUACAAAGCCCAAGUCGACGGAGGCAAAGAGCUAAUUUCCAAGCCGUUAGAAAAUGUAAACAGCUGCAUCAAUGUUGAAGAAGCUGACUCUCUAAGUCGAGUAUGCCUUGAGGUUGUAUCUAGCGGUCUGGUUUCAACCAUGGCAGACAUUGAGAAAUUUAUAUCAUACACCUUUUGCACUUUUCAAACCCCUGACCUCAAACAAAAACUAAUUGAACAGUUCCGUUUCGUUGUGUCUCAACUUGCUGAAAACAAAUUAAUUAACAUGCCGUCUGAAUCAUCAUCUGGUUUUGAAAUGACCUCGUUCGGUCUAGGAGCAUCCAGAAGCACACUCACUUUAAAACAGUCUCUUGAACUUUCAGACCUGUUAAAGAAUGCAAUGGAUGAAGGAAUCAUUCUGAGCGAUGAGCUACAUUUGUUGUAUCUCAUUGGCAUUCCCGUGGAUGGUAAUGGCUUAUUGGAACCCAAUUAUGUCAAGUUUUUCAAUUAUAUUGAGCAAAAGGCAACAAGUACAGAAAAAAAGAUUUUACAAAGAUGCAAAACUCCAGAGCAAGCCAUUGUUACUAAAGCCAUGAACAAAUUUUCAAAGAUUACCGAUUUAGAUAAUAGCUUAGUGAAACGAAUGUAUAAUGCAUUUAUUUUGAGAGACAUCAUUAACGAGAGCACUUCUUUUUUGGAGUAUUGCGAGAUCCGUGGAAGAGGAAAUCUUCAACAACUAAUGUCUCAAUCUACUACAUUUUGCAAUAUGGCUCAACAAUUUUGUGAGAAAUUGGAAUAUUGGCAUUUAGCAAAAAUGGCAAAAAGGUACACUAAAAGAAUACAAUAUGGAGCGAAACAAGAUUUGAUCGAUUUGGUUCAGCUCGAAGGAGUGAAGAGGCCUGAGAUUGCAAGAAUUCUUAAAAAUUGUGACUUGACUCUGGAGAAACUCAACCAUUUUCUUUCUGAAGCAGAAAAUGAAGAAAUACCUCUUUCCUUAAUGGAUGAAGAAAAUGCCAAACAAAUUAUGGCAACUCACAAACUCCUUGAACACGUUAAAUCAUUCCCUCACUCUCCUCAAAUACUCUCGUUCAUUGACCAUUAUUUUACCCACGAGAAGAUGAUCACCAUCAUGCAGAGCGCAAAACGAGAACUCUCAAGAAAAGCCUUCUACUUGCGAGCGAAAUCAGAGCUCUUGGAACAAUAA